AAUACAAUUCGAAGUGGUACCCUCGCGGCAAAAGUGCAACAGUGGCAUGGGAGAACGGUCCCGCUUAUGAACAGAGCUUUUGUGUGUAACACUGUGUUCUUUCCAGCUAUAUGGUACUCAGCGCAGGUGAUGCCCUGUUUGCCGGCUCAGGUGAAUCGAGUGCAUAGAUUUUGCGCAACAUAUAUUUGGGAGUCGCGGUUUGAGCGCAUGAGGCGCAGUAACUUAUUCUUAAGUAAGGCAAAAGGAGGCCUAGGGCUGGUAAACGUAGAGGUAAAACUCAAAGUUCACAGGUACCUUUUUUUCAAAAACCAAACCCAUCAUAUUAUACGUCAUUCUUUCAAACAAUUAGGAGGGGGGUACUUAAGCGAGUGGAUCGAAGGUGCCCAAGGAGUACCACGAGCCCGCACCCUAAAAUUCUACAGGGAGGUGGAGCAGGCAGCUCGCUUCUUCGAGCAGCGUUUUUCUCAAGAGUAUCUAAAAAAUGUAAAACGGAAGAGUCUGUACUGGAACACUAUAGAUAUGCUAUUCCCACCACCCCUAUAUCGGUCUCGAGUUGGAAGCCAGCUGGAGUCUGACGUUUUCAAGCGUCUACCAAAAUAUCCUGUAAAAACAGCGAUUAAGGAUUUCUAUGUUAGGUUACAUGUCGAAGUUCUACCUGUAAAAACAUGGCUGCGUAACAAGGGUUUCUUCGUGCCGUGGUCAACGGACUGCCCUCUCUGUCCCUAUCCAGAAUCGUUGCAGCACGUAUUUUUGUUUUGUACAAAUGCAGUACUAUUUUGGCACAACAUACGAAUUGUGUUUGACGUGCAGAUAUACCCAAAUUGGGAUAACGUAAAAUAUCUGACACUGGAAGAUGACAAAAAUAACAACAGUGCUGAAACCCUGUUAUUGCUAGGUUUGUAUGCAAUUUGGAGAUCCCGAACUGAUUACGUCCUAGCACUAGAAAACGCAAAACCUGCGUGGACGCACUUUUGUGAUGCUUUUGCGUAUACAAGUUCGCUGCUGGGCGGCGAAGAUGAGCUUAGCAAGCGAUGGCAGGUGUGGCAGAAGCGCCUGCAGCAAAGAUGAAUACUCAUAUAGAUGUGCAAUUCGCAGUGUAUGUGUGUGUGUGUGUGUUAGAAAAGCUGUGAAGAAAGGAAGCUUCCGUGCAUGGUACCUGCUAUGAAAAAAAAAGAAAUAAAAAAGGCGGAAAAAAAAUACUCGUGGCUCAGUGGUAGCGUCUCCGUCCCACACUCCGGAGACCCUGGUUCG